CUUAUAACUACCUGCCUAGGUAGGUAUUCAUAUAUGCCUUGCGUGAGGUGGGUAGAUACGUCUGUACGCCUAGAUCAGGUACCCGUAGGCCGGUACUAUGUAGGUACCUACCUCUAAGACCUGAGGCCCCUCGAUACUCGGCACGCCUACCCGUAGGCAAGGGGACCUGAGGUUAGCGACAGUAUUAAAUGUGCAUACCUACCGAGGUCGUUACCUACACGUAUAUCUUGGUGUCUACUCGUUGGGGAGGUAUCGAAGAGUCACGUGUCACUAACGUCCACUGCCGACAUGGCUUUCUGUUACGCCGCCGGACAAAGAUGUAAAGUAUUCACAUAGUUAUGGGAUAUGGGUACAUGCCUAACUAGACCUAAGGCAUGCACAGCUCCUGGGUGCCUCUCGCUAGCGUCGAGCCGUGAGAUGCGCACUUGUACAUACCAAGCCGUCGUGCGCCUCAACCGUGUCUUGUUUACCUACCUAUUCAAUGGGGAAGAAGAAGUAAACAAGUAGGUAACUCUUUGCAUGCAGGGAUAACUAUCCUUUUUUCCUCUCUCUUCCGCUCUUGUGAUGACGUAGUGAUCACGCGUUUUCUAUCUUCGACCCCCGGCGCCUUUUUCUAUCUACCCUCCUCUCAUACCACCAGGCCGCCAACCUCCUCCAUCUGCCAUGCCAUAUCCACCAAACGUUUCGAAAUCGCAGACGCCCAGAGCCGCAGAUCCCAGAUAUGGCCAGUCUUCUGACAGUUGGAACUCGUCUGCAACGGGCCACCAGCGCGCCGAUAAUCCUCUCGGGAGGAGCAUGGGAUGGCGCCACUCCCGGAAUCUAAAGCUCACGAGCCAGUUCAAGGGCGGGCCCGGGGGUGGGCAGCGCGUGUCCGACACUGUGGGCCAAGGUUCGAAAGACUGGGACCCGGCUAUGAGAACCCUCAUCACGCCCGAGCUGCGGUCUCGCGCCCAACGCUCGGUUAUGGACAUGUUGGUGAAGCCGGGGACCAUGAAGGGCGGCACGUCCGCCUCCGCUAUCGCGGACGCUCAACCCGGGCCGGCCAGGGACCACGACGACUCGACGGGUGCGAAGAACCCUACGGGGCGGCGCGCCGCCGGAGACGAGAUUCGGGAGGAGGACAAGACUCGGCCAAGGGGAAUUUUCGACGGCGUUGUGGUGUACAUCAACGGCAGCACACACCCCCUGAUCUCAGACCACAAGCUCAAGCACGUGUUGGCGGAGCAUGGCGCUAGGACCUCUGUUCAUCUAGGACGACGACAGGUCACACACGUGAUCCUAGGAAGGUCGGUUGGCGGGAUUGGCGGUGCUGGUGGAGGUCUCGCCGGAGGGAAACUGCAGAAAGAGAUUCGGAAGGUCGGCGGGCCCGGCGUGAAGUUUGUCGGCGCCGAAUGGGUCCUCGAGAGCAUCAAGGCAGGUAGACGACUCCCGGAACCAAGAUUCGGCAGUUUGAAAGUCGCCCCCAAGGGUCAGCAAAGUGUGUAUAGUCUAUACGCCAGCCCCGGGACGCCCGCCGAGUCCUGAUUUCCCCCUUCGAGGCCGGGGCGAACGGGUUUACGAUAUCAAUAAUGUGGGACGAGGAUGAUGUGUUCCGUUUCGGGGCCAACAUUGCAUCAUAAGAGACCGCAGCUCGUUCCCCCCCCCCCUUUCCCCCUUUCAACCUUGAGAGAUCUAGACACGGGCAUGGCGUCCGUCCCACGAAGCUGAAGUCGGCUAUUGGUGAGGUGAAUGCUGACUCCUCAUUCGCCGUUCAUGCUUCCGAAUCGC